AUGGAGUCAUUAGCGAGGAUUUCCUCGCUCCUCGAGAGCGCCCGGGAGCUCACCCUCGAUGCCGCGCAGGCGACACGGAGCUCCCGAAACUCGCGACCUCUCGACCGAACCCAGAUCAAGAAACUGCUCGACAGUAGAAACGAGCGAGAUGUCCUCGACGACGCCCAAGUACGAGCCCUAGCCCUCAAGACCAUGUCGGGUAUUCGAGUCCCCGUAAUCAGUCAGAUCGUGUCUCUUGCCAUCAAAAAGGGCGUCGCCGAUAUGAGUCCCUACGUUCGUCGAGCUGCUGCACUAGCGAUACCGAAAUGCUAUCGGCUUGAUCCAAGCCAAGAACCGCAGCUUGUAGACUACCUCACGACCCUUCUAGGCGAUAAACAGUAUUAUGUCGCUGGUGCCGCCGUCAUCUCCUUCAUGGAGAUGUGCCCUGAGCGCAUCGAUCUCAUCCACAAAAAUUACCGAAGCCUGGUCAAAAAGAUUGUUGACAUGGAUGAGUGGGGACAGCUCGCCACACUUCGCAUGGCGGCAUACUAUGCAAGGAAAUGUUUCCCGAGGCGGACCCGAAAGGCUGGUCUGGCUGAGAAAUCUGGCCAAGCGGCAGAUUUGCAAGGCUUCUAUGAUGAUACGGGGGUCGAGACGAACAGCUCCGAAGUCAUCCUAGAUCCCGACCUCCAACUCCUUUUAAACUCUAUAAAGCCCCUCCUCCAGAGCAGAAAUUCGGGUGUGGUAGUGGCGGUGGUGAGGUGCUACGCCGAACUUGGAACCAGGGAGUACGUCAAGCUCGCCAUCGGGCCCCUAGUUGCGCUCCUACGCGGCGCCUCAGAUAUCCAGCAGGUGGCCCUCUACAACGUGGUGUCAAUUUGCCUUCGAUGGCCAGAGGACUUUGUAAAGUAUGCGAACCAUUUUCUCGUUCGCGAUUCGGAUAGCACGGCCGUAUGGGAACUCAAGCUUGAGAUUCUCACCCUCAUCUUUCCACACAGCAACGCUCAUAUCAAGAGCCUGAUUCUUCACGAGCUAGAACACUUUUCCCGUGGCUCCUCAAAUCCCUUGUUGGUAAGGGAAUCUGUGCGAGCUAUAGGACGCUGCGCGCAGGCUGACAGCUCUAUGGCGACCCGGUGCCUUCGGCUUCUCCUGGGCCAAAUUGCAAGCCUUGACGGACGGUUAGCAGCUGAAUCUCUCACCGUGAUCCGACACCUUAUCCAGCAAGACCCUGAGGGCCAUGUAGGCACUGUAGUUCGCCUAGCGAAGAAUCUUGACAGCGCGACGGAUCCCCAGGCUCGCGCAACAAUCAUCUGGCUCGUUGGCGAGUUUGCUGGCUUGCGCGGGGAGGAUAACAUUGCAGCAGACGUCCUUCGGAUCCUUCUCAAAGACUUUGCGACGGAAUCAGAGGCAGCGAAACAACAAAUUGUCCUGCUAGCAGCCAAGGUCUAUCUCCACCACAUCAACCGUAUCAACGAGAAAAAGGAGCUAGAUGAGGGAUCAGGAGAGAAGAUUACGGAACUCGACCCGCCAGUAUCUCCAGACGAAGACAAUAACCAACUCGCGAAGCUCUGGGAAUAUGCCUUGCUCCUCGUCCGCUACGACGUUUCCUACGACCUCCGAGACCGCGCGAGGAUGUAUCGAGCCCUUCUCGCGGUCCCGCAGCUCGCUACGCUCAUGCUUCUAGCCCCAAAGCCUGCGCCACAAGCGCCCAUUCUCGCCGGUGGGGGUGGAAUCCAUGGUCUCAAGGGCUACACCCCUUUGCCAGAUUGGGUAAAAGCGGGCCACGAGCCUGACCCAACCCUGCGGAAUAACGGACUGCCCACAGAAAGCUAUGGCGAGAGUAAAGGUGUUGUCCCUGCCAGCCAGAGAUUGGACAAUAUGGCGUCCAAGGGGAGCAGUGUCUCGCCUACCAUUAAGAACGGCGAUGCCGUCGGGUCAAAGACGCUGGAUGAUUGGUUGGCGGAAGACGAGGGGCAAGAGGAGGAGAGCUCCGAAGAAGAAGAAGAACUCGACGAUGACGACGAGGAAGAGGAGGAGGAGGAAGACUCGGAAGAGGGUGAGGAUGAGGAUGAGGAGGAAUCUGGUGAAGAAGACUACGAAGAGGAGAGUGGUGGGGAAAAUGAUAGGUUAGUCAAGAGCUAA